GUUCCAAACUGGCCCUGUGUGUUAACGGAAUCCGCACGGGGACACGUCUUCGCGGCCGCAGCCGCGCAAAAACCACUGGGCAUCGGCGCACGAACGCCGCAUGUCCCCCCACCACCGCCCCCUUCAAGUCCAAAGUCCAAUCUCUUCCUGCUCGCCCCAAUCCUCAUUCCCCUAAAUUCAAUCCCUGCUCCCACCCACCGCGCUUCCCCAAUCAAUGGCGACGCCGGGCGCUUGCUUCUCCGCCGCGCUCGUGGUCGAGGAUUUCCCAUGGGCGGAGAGGGAGGAGAUGAUGGGGAUGGCACCGGACAAGUACCGCGAGGUGUUCGACCUCGCGCAGCGCGGCGCCCGCGCCUUCCGGGAGCGCCGCUUCGACGAGGCAAUUUCCUUCUAUUCCAAAGCUCAUAAUUUGAGAUCAGGAGAUCCUGUUAUCCUUAGCAAUCGAAGUUGUGCUUUCUGUUUGAUAAGUCAAGUAUUGAGGGAGAGAUCAGCAGCCGAUUCAGAGUAUCAGCCAUUGAAUGGCCUUGAUCCUACAACGCACGCCGAAUUAGCUCUCAAGGAUGCAGAUAAGGUAGUAACUACCGGCAGCAACUCUCCCAGACCAUAUCUUCUCAAGGCAUAUGCGCUUCUUUUGCUGGAGCGGUAUCAUGAGGCACGCGAGUCCCUUCUUGCUGGACUUCAAGUUGAUCCCCUCAGCCAUAUCCUGCAAACCUGUCUCAGUGAUCUUGAUAGAAAUACAAAUACUGCAACUGGAGCAAGACGCCCAAGGUUAGAUAGGACUGAUGAUUUUGAGUGCACAUUGUGUUUUAAGCUAUUGUUUGAACCAGUCACCACUCCAUGUGGGCACUCAUUUUGUCGCUCUUGUUUACAUCAGUCCAUGGAUCAUGGCAACAAGUGCCCCAUGUGCCGGACAGUUCUAUUUAUUGGUCCAAGAACCUAUCCUAUAAGUGUAACAUUGAGCAACAUAAUUCAGAAAAAUUUCCCUGAAGAAUAUGCUGAGAGGAAGUCAGAACAUGAGACCACGACAUAUGCAGGAGUUGAUCUGAUGCCUCUGUUUGUUAUGGAUGUUGUAUUACCCUGCCAGAAGAUGGCACUGAACAUCUUUGAACCUCGCUACAGGCUGAUGGUAAGGAGGAUAAUGGAAGGGAAUCAUCGAAUGGGAAUGGUUGCUAUUGAUUCUGUGACAGGCACUGUAGCUGACUGUGGUUGCGAGGUGGAAAUCUUGGAGUGUGAGCCACUUCCAGAUGGACGUUUUUAUCUAGAGGUGGAAGGUUCACGGCGGUUUCGUAUCUUGCGAUCAUGGGAUGAGGAUGGGUACCGAGUUGCUGAAAUCGAGUGGUUCCAAGAUGUUUCUCUGCCAGAAGGAUCACAAGAGAGAAAAGAUCUAAUCGAAAGGGCCAAUGGAGCUUCGGAGCUGGCCAGAACAUACAUUAGGCGUGCUAGAGAGACUAUAAGGCCUGCGAGGCGAACGAGACAUUUGGAUCUUGAGAGCAUGCCUGGACCACAGGAUCCUGAAAAAUUUAGUUUUUGGCUUGUCAACUUGAUCAAUUUGAGGCCAUCGGAUAAGUUAGAUCUAUUGCGUCUUCGUGAUACUCGAGAUAGAAUUUCUCGUAGCCUUAGAUUGCUGGGUGACGCAGAACAAGGUUGCCGUGUACAGUAACAGAUUACAUGUGUCACACAAAUAUUAUUGGAUAUAGUCAAUUUAUUAUUCAUCGAGAGGUACAUUGUUUAGUAACUUAGGUCUGUAAUAUUCGUUUAUCACAUAUUAAUACCAUAA